AUCGAAUGAUACGUGGCGGCGCACCCGAAGGGGCAGGCUUCAAGGCCCGGGCGGCAAACGCAGGCGGGCAGGCCCCAAGGACACUUGCAGAGUGCUACUGCAAUGCAAACCAACUGUUUUGGUUGGCUCGUCUGCCUAGUGGCAUUUUUUUGGGGAAAGGCGGCAGGCUGUUCUGUUUACAGUAUGCCCAUGGCUUGCUAUGUCAUAUAUCUAUUCGCAUCACUACGGAGUACUCAGGUGGAUCUUUUGCCUCGUGGUGAUCGAUCUACUACUUCACCCGCCGCCUACGCGCAUUCAGCCUCAGGUGUGCUCGCUCACGCAUUCCACCAUGGCACCUUCUCGCAAGCAAUCAUAUGGUCCAUCUGUAGGCAGCGAUCCUACUGGCAACGUCAGCAGAUCUUCCACGACCACCACUACCAGCAGCGGUAGGUCAGGCUCGACCGCAAGCACCGCGCUCGACGAGAUCCUGAAACAGAACCCCCAGAUCGUUACGGACCGCUAUGUCAAGGAGGAAAAAUUGAACCAGUACCUCGCCUCGACCUAUGGGCCAGGACAGUGGAAAGUCCAUCAUAAAAAUGGGAAAUUCUACAUUAUUGCGCCCGAUAUUCUGUCUGAUACGAUUUUGCAAUCCUGCGAAUAAAGAUGCCGAAAGACAAUCAUGAGUAUACAAUGCAGUAGUCGACCGUGCCAAUGUAUGUCACGAGGGAGUCAGGGACAUUCCUUAUUCAAAGAUGUAGUCGUAUAUGAUGAAAGUGGCUGCAUUUUGUCGACUUCCACCUUCUGAACGGUAGUGUAGCC